GACAUUGUCAGCGCCUCCAGCCAACAUGGAAUGAUUUGGGAGAUAAAUACAACAACAUGGAAAACGCACAGGUCUAUGUUGUUAAAGUGGAUUGUACUACAGAUACUCCACUGUGCUCUGAAUUUGGCGUCCGAGGAUACCCUACCCUAAAGCUGCUUAAACCAGGACAAGAACCUCUGAAAUACCAAGGCCCCAGGGACUUCCAGGCACUGGAAAACUGGAUGUUGGAGAAACUAAAUGAGGAACCAUCUGAUCCAGAAUCUGAUGUGGAACCACCAAAAGCCCCUGAACCUAAGCAGGGAAUGUAUGAACUCUCAGCAGACAAUUUCAAGAUGCACAUAGCAGAAGGUAAUCACUUCAUCAAAUUCUUUGCCCCUUGGUGUGGUCAUUGUAAGGCUUUGGCCCCAACCUGGGAACAGCUGGCUCAAGCCUUUGAGCAUUCAGAAACUGUCAAGAUUGGCAAGGUCGACUGUACCCAGCAUUCCAAAGUCUGCUCUGAAACCCAAGUUCGUGGCUAUCCCACGCUCCUGUGGUUUAGGAAUGGUGAAAAGAAUGACCAGUACAAAGGGAAGAGGGACUUUGACUCCUUAAAGGAAUAUGUGGAUUCCCAACUACAGAGCUCUGGGAAAGAGCCACCAGCAGAUAAACCCGCUGAAGCCCCGCAGCCACCCGCAGAACCCACCCAUGCAACAGUGCUCUCUCUCUCUGAAAAAGACUUUGAUGCAACCAUUGCUAGGGGGAUCACAUUUAUUAAAUUCUAUGCUCCAUGGUGUGGUCACUGUAAGAACUUGGCUCCAACUUGGGAGAACCUUGCCAAAGAGCAAUUUCCAGGUUUGACUGAUGUCAAAAUAGCAGAAGUAGACUGCACUGUGGAACGUAAUGUCUGCAACAGAUUUUCUGUACGUGGUUAUCCUACACUUCUGCUUUUCCGAGGUGGAAAGAAAGUCAGUGAACACAAUGGCACAAGAGACCUUGAAUCACUGCAUAGCUUUGUCUUGCGUCAGGCAAGGGAUGAACUGUAA